CUGGACGGCCUUGCUCACGCCUUCUAGGCCAGAGGUGGAAACAAAGCCCUUCCUCCCACCCCCGGGGGGACGGGUGUGCGGGCAGCAAAGAACUGACCCCCACCGAGGAACCAAAUGGGGAAGCUGGCCUUGCCGUCGUAGUCCUCCCCCACUCUCCGAAUAUCCCCAAAGCCACUCCCCCCCAAUCAACUGACUUUUAACAUGACAAUGGUCGUGACAAUCCCUUGGCCAAAGCCAGUCUGGGGAGGACAUAAAGCAUUGCCCCCCACCGCCUAAUGGGGGUAUCUCCGUACAGCAGGCGUGUCUGCGACCAGCUCGCCGCCAGAUAGAGCUGGAGGUGCCGUCCCGACUAUGAGUGCCCACCUGGCUAUGCCGUCCUACGGAGCUGUUAGGUGUGGGCACUACUACUGGCCCUCUCCGGGCAGCAUGGAUAGCGUGUCCGCCGAGGAAGCUCCAGCAGGAGACCUCUCCUUGACCGCAGCGCAGAAGACGCCCAGCCACCCAGAUGCCUCUCCAGCUUCCUCCAGCUCUGGGACACUCAUUCAGUAUACCCCGGACUCUGCCACUAGCCCCACUGCAGAUCACCCCUCUCACCACCCAGCUUUUCAGAAGGUCAAGGAUAAAGGUGAGAGCGGGGCAAGGAAGGCUAAGAGCCGUACGGCCUUCUCCCAGGAGCAGCUGCAGACCCUGCACCAGCGGUUUCAGAGCCAGAAGUACCUCAGCCCCCAUCAGAUCCGGGAGCUGGCUGCUGCCCUCGGGCUCACCUACAAGCAGGUGAAGACAUGGUUUCAGAACCAACGGAUGAAGUUUAAACGUUGCCAGAAGGAGAGUCAGUGGGUGGAUAAAGGGAUGUAUCUACCACAGAAUGGGUUUCAUCAAGCUACAUAUCUGGAUAUGACCCCCACAUUUCACCAAGGCUUCCCUGUUGGUGCCAACAGAAACCUUCAGGCUGUGACCAGUGCACACCAGGCUUACAGCAGUGGCCAGACUUAUGGGAAUGGGCAGGGCCUGUACCCGUUCAUGGCUGUGGAGGAUGAGGGGUUCUUUGGAAAAGGUGGAACAAGCUGCAACACCCAGCAAGCCAUGGGUUUAUUAAGUCAGCAGAUGAACUUCUAUCAUGGCUACCCUACCAAUGUGGAUUAUGACGGCCUGCAGGCAGAAGACACCUACAGCUUCCAGAGCAGCUCUGAUAGUAUCACACAGUUCUCAAGCUCUCCUGUACGGCAUCAAUACCAGGCCCCUUGGCAUACCCUGGGGACCCAGAGUGGUUAUGAGACUUAGACCUAAGUAUUGUUCUUUCCCUUCUCCUGUUUUGUUUCAUGGGGUUUCUAGGGUUUUGACUCAGAGAUCCAAUUUCUAUUCUUUUAUUUUGCCCUUCUUCCUCAAUUCCUGCUUUAACUGUUGGUGGGGUUUAGCACCCUGCUACUUUGGGCUUCCUUUCUCUUUAAAGGCAUCUCUCUAUGCAUAGCUAACCCUUUGCAAGGGUAUUCUGUGUGUGGACAGGUAAAACUGCAUUUAUGGAGGGGAAUGUGCAAUGCCAUAGUCAGGGGCAGCUGAGAUGGUGAAGGUCCGUGUUUACUGUCCAAGACCCGCUCCACUGCCUCUUCUGUGGAUGAUUCUCUGAUUUUUUUUUUUUUUUUUUUGCCAUGUGUCUUGCAGCCAAAAUUUGGAGAAGACUUUUCUCUUUUAAUUUCUGCAGGAAAUACCCUAUUUGUAGCCCAGAAUCUUUCCAGCUGUCUUACCUUUUUCUGCUGCAACCUCAGUCAUCUAGUAAGCUCAUCUGGGUCCUCUCAUCUCUGAAUUUAAAACCUAAAUAUCAUCUUAUCUUGGAUGAUUUGAUCCAGUUAUUCUGUCUUUCCUCCUGGAGAGGUCAGUACCUGCCUACCCUUUACCUCCUGCUUUCCUAUGUACAUAGGGCAGUUCAAAGAAGAGUAGGAGAAAAGAGAAGUUAGAGUGUUGUCUGUACCUGAUGUGGAAACAUUCUGAUUUCCUAAGUUGCUGAAUGCUUUGUGUCUAUCAAAUAAUUAAUAAUCAAUCUCUGGAACUAUUUGUAACAAUUUAGAUCUUGCCUUCCUUAAUCUUUCUGCUGAGAAAAUGUUGGCUUGUCCCAACCUGAAUAUUGCAGCAGAUGGUAUACCAAAAUGCCAUUGCUGGAAACAAGAGUAGUGGCUAUAUUUAACCAUCUUCUGAAUGCUGAGAAGUUUAUCUGUGUAUCAGGGUUUGCUAGCAAUUUGUGAACACAGCAACAGUACCAUGGGCAGCUUUCUCAGAGGUAGAGGGUAGGCAAAGGUAAAGGGCUUGGUUACAUUAAAGAUUGUGUUUCAUAGUCAGUUAUUCUGAAACCUGGAUGUUGGGGAGGAAAAUCCUGUUGGAUAGUAGUGGAGUUAGCAUCCAAGGGGCUAGAGCAGAAUGUUUCCCUAAUCUCUUGUCUAAUCCCAGUUUUAAGAUUGCAAGCUAAUAAGAUUUUUCAUCCCGUGACCAGUGUUUAGUUGGAUCUCUUCCAUAUUUUACUGCUGAAAGGUACACCAGCUACAUCUUCUGGUGCCCGUACCCAAGUUCUGGGGUAGGUGACAAGUUUAGGGAAACCCAGAUAGACAGCCAAAGAAUGAAAAUGGCAUUAAAUGUUUUGAUUUUGUUUUUCAAAAUAACUGAAUCAUACCUUUCAGUAUGGAGAUUACUGGAAAUCAGCUCCUGCCUGUGUGAAACUGGAUCUUUUAAGUGGUGAGAUUGCAGAGUCUAGUCUGCCACUGCCCAAGAAUACAAAAUGUCUUGAGCUGGCAAGAGUAGAUAAAUGAUAAAAGCAUGAUUUUUUUUGUCACUAAUGCACAGCUUAUACUGCAAUCCUGUAUUUUAAUGUCUGUGCAAGGAUUAUAUGUCAUAGUUGAACUUGCACUAUGAAGAAGAUUAAUGCUUGCUGCUGUUCUUGCAGUGAUCACGGCCAUGUUCUGUGGCAUAUGCGUGUUGUCUAUUGCUUUGCUUCUGCUUAAUGUUUUUACACACUUGCUUGAAUUGAAAAUAAAUGACUUUAUUUUAAUGCUGAAA